AACUGGGGAAAUCAUGAAGCAUUGACUUGAUUACCUGAUCAUCCCCAGGAUCUCGAAUUCCGGUCACAUAGUAUAAAACUUGGCGACUAUCAAAGUCGAAAUCUCGAAAUACGUGGGAAAGCGACUCGUUUCUUCGCUUCGACAGAUACCUGGACUAAUAACUGUUCCAACCGAAGUCUCCGACCCGGCUUCUGGUGAUAACCGAACCUCUAGCGGAAUCGUUGUCGCGGCGGUGUAUCAUAUUCCGGGGCUAUCCGCUUGACACGCCAGUCAGUUCGACUAUAUAUUAUAUCUUGAUGGUAGGAGAGUCAAGAGACGCGAUGGAUCCCCCUAAGGAGGAAAAGUUGGUAAUUAGAAAGCGCACCCGAGCAACGGGUCCGAGAGUCAAGACCGGAUGUUUGACGUGCAAAUCUCGACAUUUGAAGUGCGAUGAACGAAGACCAACCUGCUUCAGGUGCGAAAGAGGAGGGCUGAACUGUGCUGGCUACGGUUAUAGCUUGACUCCGAAAAGUAUUCUUGGCUCCAGCAGUCCUUAUUCGGUAACACAUAUCCCAAGCCCGCUGCGCGACCAUGAAGCCUUGCUUCCUAAAGAGAGUCGGGCGAUCGAGUACUUUCACGUCAAAGUGGCACCCCACUUGGCCGGCCAUUUCCAUCAACGAUUCUGGACCGAAGGCGUUCUCCAAAUGAGCGCUCGUCACGUUGCCGUGCGGCAUGCACUAAUAUCUCUAUCUACCAUGUUCGAAACAGACUUGCUGAGGCAUUCGUUGCAGGAUGUUCCCAAAGAGAAGGAACAAUACGCCCUCGAAACCUUCAAUGCCGCCAUUCGGGACCUUCUUACCAUGCUUCACGACCCGACAACCGUUUACGUUCCAUUAGCAGUAUGCAUCAUAUUCGUUUGUCUCGACAGCAUGCGCAUGAAUAGCAAAGCAGUCGUCAAGCACGUCGAAGGAGGGAUCAUGUUGCUCAAUAUGUGGUUUCGACACCAACAACGGCGCCUGCCGCUACAACCAAGUCUAACCGCCUCCGAUAAGACAUUGAUGGAGGAAGUUCUUAUUCCAAUCUUUACCUGGCUGGGUAUGAUGGCUACAACAUUCGGCCGUCCCGGUCUUGUCCUGGACCCCGGGCUCACACAGCCGAUAUCAGACGGCCCGGCCCCGGCCAUGGAGUCUUUGGAGCAGGCAAUAUCUGUCUUCAUGAGAGAUGUGACCGAGGUCUUCGGAUUCUCUGCAGCUAUGGCGGAGAUGAAAUUCCAAUCUACAGUCGACGACAAGAUCAUUGCACAGCAUGAACGACUCCAAGGGGCUGUACAUAAUUGGAAAGUGGAUUUCGACCGUAUGGUCUCGAAAAAAUGGUCGACGUGGACUCCGUCUUCAAUGCUAAGCAUUGGUAUGGUCAAUGCUAUCCAUCUUAGCAUCCGAUAUUGGCUUGAAGGUUGUGCAGCUCCGACAGAGUCCAUCUGGGAUGACUACAAAUCGGUGUACGAAGAAAUACUUGGAUUGGUUGAAGACGUAGUCCAAAGCACAAGGAUGGUUCCGGAACAUCGAGUUCGAUCUUUCCACUUCGAGAUGGGAUACAUCCCCCCGCUUCAGUUUGUGCUCUGGCGUUGUCGAUAUCCUCAGAUCCGACGGAAAGCCCUUCGCAUCCUCCGGGACCUCCCUCGCCAGGAAUGUCUCUUCGACUCCAAGCAGAUUGCAGUCCUCUACGCCCAGGUGAUCUCCCUGGAGGAAGAAUCACUCGGUAUACCGUUAGGGGAGACCCCCAGUGAUGACCAACUUCCUCCCGAGAGCUCCCGGAUUCAUCGCAUCGACUUUCCCCCUCUUCCGCCUACUUCCCGCGGUCGACCUGUCAAUUUUCUCUCUCGACCCAAUGGUCUCGAUGGCGGUUGGCAUGUGAGAUCACAAUAUCUCGGAUUGAAGGAAAUGGAGUUCCUACGAUGGUUUGACAUGAAAUCGGGCACGAUAUAAUCCUAACUCGGGUAUUUCAACCGAGAGUGCAUUUUAGGCAAAUCGAUCGCCGCAAUCUGUUCCAAAAAGAGUCACUAGGUGCAUUCGCGCGCUGCAUCAUUUCAUGCGUUGGGAGUCUCGACUGCA